AGAUCUCUUUUACUAUCGAAAGCCCACUGAGAUGUCCGCAGUCACCCGCAGCUAUUUGCAAAGAGAGGUUUAGACCCGGCUUUACUAUAAACGGAAAAUAGAGAGAGAUUGUUGGUGGUCGUUUCGCGAUCUUUUCAUCGAUGAAACGCAUUUAAUUGAAAAUAAACAAAAGUGUUAAAUAAAAAGAAAAUGACAAAGAAUUUUUUGAUACACUCGAUUAGUUUAGUGUUGUUUUCAUUCAUCGUCGGUUUAAAGAGUGAGGUGUUAGCUGACUUAAGGUUCACCUGUAAUGGAAGGCCGGCGGGGUAUUACGCAGACGUUGAUUCAGGAUGUCAAAUUUACCACAUGUGUGAUGGUUUAGGUCGCCAAUUCAGUUACAGCUGCCCAAAUACGACGUUGUUUCAACAGAGAAUGUUAAUUUGCGAUCAUUGGUACAUGGUUAAUUGUAGUACGGCGGAAAAUGAUUAUUCCGCAAAUUUAUUAAUAGGCCAAAAGAAACCUUUUGUAGAAGACUCAGAAUCACAUCCCUAUCAUAGAACACCAAGACCUGAUUUGUUAUCACAACCAACAGCUUCCGAAUAUAACAUUGUUUAUAGAACAGGGAGAGAGAAUAGAUUAGGUGGUUUAAACAUUGUUGGAUUAGAAAGUAAUUUAGAAUCAACAGUAACUGAUAGACCAUCGUAUAAUUUACCAAGCCAUUGGUCCACGGAAAUUCCAAGAGAUUCAAAAAGACCAAUUCCAGUUCAAGCAAAAAUUGAAAGGAUCGAUUUAAGACCACAAGGAAAAUCAAUUACUUUUGAUAGAAUCAAUUCAGUUAAUUUUAUAAGACCAACAAAAAUAACAGAUUCAUUUUUAAAAAGAAAAGAUGAUAUCAUCCCCGUUAAUUUUAAAUCGCUUUUUAAAAAUACCACACCGGUUUUUCCCACAAAAGAAGAACUAGGAAUCACCACUCCUUCAUCGAUAGACGAGAUUUUACAACCACCACCGAAAAGCGAAGAAAACAUUAUCGAAGACCGUUUUGAUAAACAACUUUUUGUACCAAACAAAAACGUUUUACCACCGACCCAAAAAGAAGCGGUUAAAAUUAGAAAAAUUCCAACUUUAGAACAAAUCAAAGAAAUGUUUUCUAUACCAGACUACGAAUUUCCUUUAGAACCUAACGGUGGACCGAGUUACGAUGGGAAAAUUAAUUCAUUUCAAGCGAAUCCUUUUAUUAUUGGGGUAAAACCAAGACAACAUGCAGUGUGAUAAUAAAACAGUUAAAACAGAAACAAAGUAUUUAAAAUAAGAAAAUAACAAAAGAAAGGGUGAUUAUUAUAAAUGACUGAUUAACAGAAAAUUUUUCCUUCGCCCUUUAAACCUUUUAACACUACUUCAAGCACUUAGAACUGUUAAUUAAAUCCAAAGAUACUUUUAAUUAAAACAGUGUUUUUAUAAACUCGAUUCCUAAACAAAAUAAACCGAAUUUUAUUUAUGUUUUAAUGUGGACAGCACGUUAAAAAGAUACUUAUCUAGUUGAUUUUAGUUUUUAGAUUGAAUGUAAAUAAGUAUCUUUAUGUUUUUAGAAAUUAUGUGAAUCAAACCGGGUCAAUUUGUAAUCGAAAUAAGAAUAAGAAAAGAGGAAAUAAAGAUGUCAUUAGAAAUUCA